AUGGAAGGAGAAGCCAAGAACUUCAUCAAGGUAUGGAUUAUCGCUACAACAAGUUUAUUUUAUUGUUAUUACAUAUCAUCAAGAUUACCUAAAGGUCUUUCGAGGCUAAUUUCUCUUCUCCCCGUCUUCUACCUCUUUAUCGUCCUACCUCUCGAGCUCACCACCAUCCACCUCGGCGGUAUUACGAUCUUCUUUUUGACGUGGCUCGCCACCACGAAGCUCUUCCUUUUUGCUUUUGAUCACGGCCCUUUGUCCGCGUCACUAAAGGUUUUUCACUUCAUUGCCCUAGCUUGUCUUCCCAUAAAAUUCAAGUCCGAGCCGAAAAAUGCCCGAGAAAAUCAUAAAAAUGUUAAAAAUCCUUCCGAUCAAACCCUAAAUUUAAUCCUAUUCACGAUUAAAUUCAUCCUACUUGUUAUUGUAUUUCAUUGCCAUAAGUACAAAAAUUCGAUGCAUCCUUAUGUGGUAGUAAUUUUAUAUUGCUUGCACAUUUAUCUCGAAUUAGAAAUCGCGCUAGCUAUAACUAUAAUCCCGGCCCGAGUCGUUUUCGGGUUCGAGCUCGAGCCGCAGUUUAAUGAGCCUUAUCUUGCGACCUCACUACAAGACUUUUGGGGCCAUAGGUGGAAUCUCAUGGUAACUAAAAUCCUACGACCUACGGUUUAUUUUCCAAUACGGCAAGUUUCUCUGCGUUUAAUUGGACCAAAGUGGGCCUCACUGCCAGCUGUUAUGGCAACAUUUGUGGUCUCUGGUUUGAUACAUGAAACCAUUUACUUUUAUCUUACACGUGUCAGUCCGACGUGGGAGGUUACAUGGUUUUUUAUCCUACAUGGCAUUUGCGUGGCAAUUGAGAUAAUAGUGAAGAAAAUUGUGAAAGAUAAAUGGAGGAUAAAUCGAGUAAUUUCUGGGCUGCUAACAAUUACUUUUGUAGUUGUUACUGGGACAUGGUUGUUUUUACCGCAGUUAAUAAGAAAUGGAGUAGUUGAAAAAGUUCUUGGUGAAUACUCAAUGUUUAUUGACUUUCUGAAGCAAAAUUUAAGUGCUAUUUUAUUCUUUUAAAUAAUACUUUAAUUUUCUAAAAUUUAAAAUAAUAUCUCAUAAUUCUAUUUUUGUUGAUAUUUUGCUUCAUCAGAAAGAACUUGAAUUGUCA